AGACUCCUCCAGUCCUUCCCAGCGCCUGGAGUUCCCUCAGCCCUGCUCGGGACUACGAGGGUUUGCUGCAAGAUGAGAACCUGGAUUUUCUUCUUCCUCUGCCUGGCAGGCAAAGCCCUGGCAGCUCCGCAAGAGGCUCUGCCUGAUGAGACGGAGGUGAUUGAAGAUCUCACCACAGAGGGGCCUGUGGGGGCCAACCCUGUCCAAGUGGAGGUGGGAGAGUUUGAGGAACCUACAGAAGAUGUAGAGGAGAUCGUCGCAGAGAAUCCCUGCCAGAACCAUCACUGCAAGCAUGGCAAGGUGUGCGAGGUGGAUGACAACAACUCACCCAUGUGCGUGUGCCAGGACCCCUCCAGCUGCCCGGCCACCUCCGGCGUCUUUGAGAAGGUCUGUGGCACUGACAACAAGACCUAUGACUCCUCCUGCCACUUCUUUGCCACCAAGUGCACCUUGGAGGGAACCAAGAAGGGACACAAGCUGCACCUGGAUUACAUCGGGCCUUGCAAAUUCAUCCCUGCCUGCCUGGACACUGAGCUGACAGAGUUCCCCCUGCGCAUGCGGGACUGGCUGAAGAAUGUGCUGAUCACCCUGUAUGAGCGCGAUGAGGACAACAACCUACUGACCGAGAAGCAGAAGCUCAAGGUGAAGAAGAUCCACGAGAAUGAGAAGCGCCUGGAGGCCGGCGACCACACCGUGGAGCUGCUGGCCCGCGACUUUGAGAAGAACUACAACAUGUACAUCUUCCCCGUGCACUGGCAGUUCGGGCAGCUGGACCAGCACCCCAUUGAUGGGUACCUGUCCCACACUGAGCUGGCCCCGCUCCGUGCCCCACUCAUCCCCAUGGAGCACUGCACCACUCGCUUCUUUGAGGCCUGCGACUUAGACAACGACAAGUACAUCGCCCUGGAGGAAUGGGCCAGCUGCUUUGGCAUUAAGGAGCAGGACAUAGACAAGGAUCUGGUGAUCUAAAGCCUCAGCUUCCUCCUCUGCUGCCAACUUUGUCUUGUUUUAACCUUCCCACUUCCUUCGGUUUUCGAACCGCUUUUGUUUUGUUUUCCCUGGGAACAAGGUGCUAAUAUAGGUCUAAACGUAUGUAGUAUCGGUGCUAAGAGAAAUAACAGUCCUUCAUAGCCUAACCUGUUACCACUAGAUUACCCACCGGCCGUUCCUACCCGCUCUCACCAGCCCUCUCUCCCUCUCCAAUGCAUCUUCACAACUGACCAACCCUGUUCCUGUCCUAAAUAUCCGCUCUCAGUCCGACUCCUGUUAACUCCUGACUAACAGCACAGACUGCCCGCGUGCAGGGAAGGCAGAGCCAGAGGAUGUGGGAAACGGGGCUUUCUGAGCAGAGCAGCUGCAGGUGACAUUGUGGCCACCCGGGUCAUGGUGUGGGGGAUGGGGAGAGCUGAGGAAGGCACAGAAAGGCAGGAUGUCGUUUUGCUUUUUGGUCCCUUUCCCUCCCACCCCUAUAAGUUUCACUCCCAGGGCUCGAAUUUAACAAUCACUGGGCACCAAAACAAAGGGCUAAGCCAAGAAACAAGCAGGGAAACACACACACACACACACGAAAAAUGAAAAUACAAACGAAACGAAUACGUCCCAUCCUGUAAAACCCCCUCAGAAAAUAAAGGUUUGAAAGUGCUACGUGCUUUACCAUUACUCACCCGUUGUACUGCAGUUGUGUUCUCUGUGCUGUAAGGGGCGAUGCGCUGCGGAUGUGGGUGCUGGCGGCCGGCCUGGCUCCUGUGGCUCUGCUGAGCUCUGAUAAGGCACUCGGCUGUCCCACAUCACGGUGUCCUUGAGCACUUCCCACCUCUGCUUUGGUCGUCCUUACAUUCCAGCCCUGUGCUCCCAGGGGAGCUGCAUGUGCCACGCACACACUGUGCACUAUUUCUUCCCGGUGUGGAUUCCUGGGUUGAGGGAUGGAUGGGAAGGAAGGGAGAAGGUAUUUGGAUUUUGCUUUAUAGAAAGAGUUCUGAUGGGAGCAAAGGGGUGGUGAAGUCUCACAGGCUGAGAACUCUUUUUCUUACCUCUGAAUGUUCCCUGGGCCUUAUAUUAUUACAUUUCUGCCACAGUGUGAGCAACCCAAUGAGUCUCUGUAAUAAAAAAAAUACUGAUUUGAAA